GGCCCACAUGAUCUUCACAUUCCCUACAUUUUGGGGACGUCUGUACGCUGCUGCAUAGCCACAUCGCCCCGCCCAGAGCACCGAACCGGCAAUCUGCAUAAACCCUAACAAAUCAUCGAUGAAUUCAUGAGAAUAGCCAUACAAUGAUGCCUUGUUCCUUUUUAUCAGCGUCGCCAUCAUCAUCGUUUUUACUCCACACUCCCAUCGCUUCUUUUUCACUGCGUCGUAACCCGAAUCCGUUCGCUAAUUAUAUCCAUAGCCCCAAGGCAGUACUUAGCUCUCUGAAUUUCAAUGCCUCGGGAGCUCAGUUUUUGCUCAGUCGCCGUUUUGUUGGCAAUCCUUUGAAGGUGUCGUUUAAAUGCUUCUCCCGUGAGCCGUCCUCCACAGAACAAGAAGCACAGCAGCAGGUACAACCAACGGAAGCAGAGGACGAGCGGUAUGAGUUUGAGAGACUGUUCUCGAAUCUCAACCAAGCUACAUUAAAGAGGGAGCCUGGAAGCCUAAGCAGUGCAAUUUUCCUUGUUGCUGGUACCACAAUUGGGGCAGGAAUACUUGCCAUUCCUGCAGUGACACAAGAAUCUGGUUUUAUAGCAUCAGCUUUAAUCUGUAUCUUAUGUUGGAUAUUUAUGGUUGUCACGGGACUGCUAAUUGCAGAAGUAAAUGUAAACACAAUGUGUGAGCUUGGUUCUGGCGGUGUUUCAUUGGUGUCAAUGGCAAAGAGAACCCUUGGAAAUGCUGGAGUGCAGGUUGCCUGUUGGUGUUACAUUUUCAUACACUAUGCACUCCUAGUUGCUUAUGUGGCUCGUUCUUCAGAAAUUUUAACAAGCUUCUUCAGCAUUCCAUCAUGGGAAACUGGUACUCUGUUUUCACUGCUCUUUGGAGGUCUUUGUUACUUUGGAAGUCAACGUGUUAUUGGAGCAGUAAACGGCGUCCUAGUAUUUGGCAUCAUAACAUCUUUUGCAGCUCUUGUGUUGGUCGCUAGUGGUGACAUACACUUGGAUGCUCUUCUAAAAGCUAACUUAGCAGCUGCACCCCACAGUAUACCUAUCAUAGCCCUUUCCUUUGUCUAUCAGAAUGUUGUGCCGGUGCUCUGUACAAAUCUAGAAGGCGAUUUGUCGAAAGUAAGGACUGCCAUUGUUCUCGGCACAGCUAUUCCACUUGCCUUAUUUCUUGUCUGGAACGCUGUCAUUCUUGGCUUCAUUACGACUCCUGACAUGGGCUCAGGACCAUUUGUGGAUCCUCUGCAACAAUUGCGAGAAGCAAGUGGAGUUGUUGGGCCAAUAGUCGAUGUCUUCUCAGUUCUUGCAAUUGCCACAUCAUACAUUGGAUUUGUUCUGGGUCUCGCUGAUUUCCUUGCUGACUUUUUCAAGCUUCCAUCCGGGCAGAACAGGCCUCUGCCGUAUUUGCUCACUCUAUUUCCACCAUUGAUAUUAUCUUUACUGGAUCCUGAGAUUUUCUUUAAAGCAUUGGAUUUCGCCGGGACCUAUGGAGUGUUGGUGCUGUUUGGAGUUGUUCCGGGUGCAAUGGCAUGGUCGGACCGGUACUCAGAAUCAUCUGAUUCUCCGAAAAUCCCCGCACUAGUGCCCGGAGGGAAAUUCGCCCUCGCCCUUGUAAUGGGAGGCGCAGGUCUAGUCAUUCUUACCCAAUUGCUUGAAAAUUACAUACAUGCAUGACUCCACAGCUUAUUGCGAUCUCAAACUUUUAGAGAUUCAAAACCGUUAAUGUCGUCGAUGCUCCUAAGAACUUAUUGUUUGACGAGGCAAGGCAACGGCAAAACAGCAGCAAAUGCCAAAUGACAGGCGACAUGACUCCAUGGCAUCCAAAAUUGAGUAGAAUUGCGUUGUAGCGGUAAGUAAACAAAUGGCUGCGAUUUGCAGGAGUAAAUUGCCGAUUACCCGGUAGUAGUAGCAGUAGCAGUAGCAGAGAUAUGAGAUGAGAUUCCACUUCCACUGUCAACAGGAUUCAUGCCUUGGGGCCAGUCUUCAAUACCUGAUAUAUCAUAAUACCUCUAUAUAUACACCAAUAACGUUUAUUGAAUUGAGAUUUUAAUGGAUUUUAUAAAGUUUAAGUAUUUAUGUAAAUUUAGAAACUCUACAAAAUUUGGUGGAUUUUAGUAAUUAUUUUGAAGGAUUUUUACUGAUUUAA